AAGGCAUCUGUUUCAGUCUGUCUCUCUGCGAGAUGCAGCACCAACAGAGGAGAGAGGGGGAGACGAGCCCAAGGAGGGAGGGAGGAAGAGGAGAGGGAGGUGUGAGGAAAGGAGAGGCAGAGCAAAGAGAGAGGGGAGUGCAAAAAGAGGAGUGAAAUGAUAAAGGAAAAGGAGGAGAAGAUGCUGCUGCAGCAGAGCUUCUGACUUCUGAAGAGUUUUGGCUGAACAUGGUUGAGACGCAUCCUCCUGGUGUUUGAGCAUCUCCAGCAUCUCUCUGAGUGUGCGGGGGGAGAGUUUAAUGUGUGUGUGAAGCCAUGGCAAGUGCUCAGCCAGGGGUCCAUGCGCUGAAACUCCAGCCUCCCUGUGUCUCACACACCCUGAGGAACGGAAGCAACUUCAUUAAAUGGGAUGAGGAUUUGUCAACAGUCACUCCAGUGACUCUACACGUGGAUCCUCAUGGAUUCUACCUCUUCUGGACUGACCAAAACAAGGACACAGAAUUGCUGGACCUGACCUUUGUGAAGGAUGUCAGAACUGGCAGGAGCACCAAACCUCCCAAGGAAGCCAAGCUGCGGGAGCUGCUGGAUGUGGGAAACCUUGUUGGCCGCCUGGAGAACCGCAUGGUUACCGUGGUCACAGCCUCUGACCUGGUGAAUGUCGGCCAACUGAACUUCAUCGCUUCACAGGAGGAUGAAGCCAAGUUGUGGUGUGAGGAGCUGUUUUCUUUGGCCACCAACCUGCUGAGCCACAAUCUCAAUAGAGACCACAGUCUGCUGAAAGCAUACGUCAAGCUAACUCUUCAGCCAAAUGCAGAAGGAAAGAUUCCUGUAAAAAAUAUCGGUCGCCUGUUUUCAUCGGACAGAAAGAGAAUCGAGAAUGCUCUUGAGAGCUGCAAGCUGCCGAAUGGACGGGGUGAAAGCAUCAAACUGGAGGACUUCACUCUUGAUGUUUACAAGAACUUCUUGGACAGCCUGUGUCCUCGUCCUGAGCUCAGCGCUAUCUUCAAACUGCAAGGAGGCGAAAGUGGCAGAAUGUCUGUGGAUCAGAUGACCGAGUUCAUCAACAACAAGCAGAGAGACCCGAGGCUCAAUGAAAUCCUUUAUCCCCCUCUACGUCCUGCACAGACUAACACUGUGAUGGAGCGGUACCAACAUGACCAGGAUAAUCUAAAGCAAGGUAUCAUAGCGGGCCAGCUGGCCGGAAGCUCCUCAGUCGAGAUGUACCGGCAGGUUUUACUGGCAGGCUGCCGCUGUGUGGAGUUAGACGUGUGGAAAGGACGAACUGCAGAGGAGGAGCCGGUCAUUACUCACGGGUUCACCAUGACGUCUGAAAUCUCCUUUAAGGAGGUGAUUGAAGCCAUUGCAGAAUGUGCCUUCAAGACUUCACCUUUUCCUGUCAUCCUGUCAUUUGAAAACCACGUGGACUCCUUGAAGCAGCAGGCGAAAAUGGCCGAAUAUUGUCGCUCUAUUUUUGGAGAAGCACUGCUGAUUGAUCCUCUGGACAAAUACCCUCUGGAGGCUGGCACCCCCCUGCCCAGUCCUCAGGAGCUGUUGGGCAAAAUUCUCAUCAAAAACAAGAAAUCUCACAAACCUGCCAAUACCACAGACACCAAGAGGCUAAUUGACCAGCCUGCCAAUCAGAGCAACGAACCAGUGUCUCCUAGCAACAACACAGGAGACGUGGAAGCUGAGAGUGAAGAAGAUGAUGAUGAUGAAGAUGAUGAUGGUAAAAAGGGCUCUGCAGAGCGAGAGGCUAUUGCCACAGAGGAAAUGUCGACUCUGGUAAACUACGUCCAGCCAACCAAGUUCAACUCCUUCGAAGCAUCAAAGAAGGCGGCCCGCUGUUACCACAUGUCGUCUUUUGUAGAGACCAAAGCUUUGGAGCACCUCACAAAGUCACCAGUGGAGUUUGUGGAAUAUAAUAAAUCCCAGCUGAGUCGUAUAUAUCCCAAAGGAACCAGAGUGGACUCAUCAAACUUCAUGCCUCAGCUGUUCUGGAAUGCUGGAUGUCAACUUGUGGCCCUUAAUUACCAAACUAUUGAUUUUUCCAUGCAGCUGAACCUCUUCAUGUUCGAGUACAACGGCCGCAGCGGCUACAGACUGAAACCGGAGUUCAUGAGGCGGCCGGACAAGCAUUUUGACCCGUUUACAGAAAACACAGUGGAUGGCAUCGUAGCUAACACGCUCUCUGUGAAGGUCAUUUCAGGCCAGUUUCUGACCGAACGGAGGGUGGGUGUGUAUGUGGAGGUGGAAAUGUUUGGACUUCCCGCAGACACCAGGAGAAAAGCUCUGAAGACCAAAACCUCCCAGAACAACAACGCCAUCAAUCCGGUGUGGGACGAGGAACCCAUCGUCUUUAAGAAGGUGAUUCUUCCAACUCUCGCCUCACUGAGAAUUGCAGCAUUUGAGGAAGGAGGAAAGUUCAUCGGCCAUCGAAUUAUUCCAGUUUCUGCCAUCAGACCAGGUUAUCGUUACAUCGGCUUGAGGAAUGAGAAGAAUCAAUCUCUGAUUUUACCUGCUGUAUUCGUCUACAUUGAAGUUAAAGACUACGUACCAGAUACAUUUGCAGAUGUGAUCGAGGCUCUGUCCAACCCGAUUAGAUACGUUAACCUCUUGGAGCAGAGAGCGAAACAGCUGGCUGCUCUGACCCUGGAGGACGGCGAGGAGGAGGCGCAGACUGAGGAUGACACAGAAACUGGAACAGAGCGUAAGAACGACCUGAAACCAGCUCCUCUGGAAAACGGACUGAGUCCCAGCUCCGGUCCGGUGGGUCACACUCCUGUGGCUACUACGCCAAAAGCCUCUGCAGCCAAUCAGCAAGCGACUACAACAGAAGCAGCGAAACCAACAGCAAAGACUGAAGAUCUAGUUUUAAGUGUUUUGAUAGAUAUCCCAGCAUGCACCUUAGAUGCCCUCCAGCAGUCCAAAGUUUACCAAAAGGAGCAGAGACGUCAGUUUAAGGAGCUGAAGGAGCUGGUCAGGAGACACCAGAAGAAAACUGCAGAGCUCCUCCGAGAGUUUAGCAACAAGUACAAGAAGACGGCAAGACAGUGCAGCAAGAGCAGGGGUUCGUCUUCAGAGGGCGAGAAAGACGAGCGUCUCCAGCAGCUGAAAGAUGAGCAACAGCAGCAGCUCUUGGCUCUGAGGCAGGAGCAGUACUACAGCCAGAAGUAUCUGCAGAGAGAACACAUUAAGAUGCUUACAGAGCGACUGACCAGUCUGGCCGAGGAGAGCCACAAUUCCCAGAUGAAAAAGCUCAAAGAUAUCUGUGACAAGGAGAAGAAGGAGCUAAAGAGGCAGAUGGAUCGACGGAGAACUGAGAAGAUCAACCAAGCCAAGACCAAAGAGAAACAUCUGGCUGAGGAGGAGAAGAAUGAGAUCAACAAGUCUUACGUCAACGAGGUUGUGCAAAAUAUCAAGCGGCUUGAGGAAACUCAAACCAAACGUCAAGAUCAGCUGGUGGAGCAACACAAUGACCUGCUGCAGGAGAUCCAAGACCAGAAACCAAAGUUGCAGGCAGCCGUGGAGGCAGAGUUCCAGGAGAAGUUCCAGCGUUUACCCGGUGAAAUCCAAGACUUCCUGCAGGACAGGAAGCUGGAGGGCAGAGGUCACAGCAAGUCCCGCCCAUCAACUCCUCACGAAACUCUUUCAGAGGAGGAUUGAAAAGAAAAAGAAAAGAAAAGAAAGGAGGAGAGGGAGGAGUGAUUCAGAUAAUGAAAUUCUGAACAGAGGGCGAAACCUUGCUGAUGAAGUAAAUAUUUAUAAAGACUGUUAUUAAUUGUCUUUUUAAUGAAACAAAAACAACUUUGAAAGAUUUUUAAAUUAUUUAAAGCAUGCAUUGUGUUGUACUUCCAAAUUUAAUCAAAUGUCAUUCAGUUUUAUGUUCAAACAACAAUCUCACAACUUACUGCAUGAUCAAUCUAUCUAUCUCUCUAUCUAUCUAUCUAUCUCUAUAUCAUCUAUCUAUCUAUCUCUAU